CAAGUUAUAUAAUGAAUUACUGAUAGGCAGGCCACGAGAAGAAGAAGAGGAAGCUAUCUCUAUGAGUGCCCUUAUCUUGGUCACCGUACUGGCCUAAUUUUAGCUUUUUUAGGCCUAUUUCUCCUAUUUCCGUCCAGUCUGGGGAUGGCGUCCUCUACCCUGGAGGCGGCCUGGGGGUGGCUGGCGGCUCCAGGCUCCCUACAGCAACUGGCGGCUGUGGACUUGGGCAUUCAGUGGGCGCUGUGGGCGGUGGCGGCUGUGCUGAGGACAGAGAAGUUCUAUGACCUUGCGGGGUCAAGCACCUUCAUCCUGCUGGCCUACCUUAACUACAGGCACCAUGGAAGAGGCCACCCCAGGCAGGCCAUACAGACAGGCUGUGUGUGUCUCUGGGCCCUCAGGUUGGGUCUGUUCCUGUUCACCCGUGUUCUGAGGAGCGGGGGAGACAGGCGCUUCAGGACAGCCGUGGAGGAGCCUUUCCGCCUCUUUGUUUUCUGGACCAUGCAAGGCCUGUGGGUGUUCUUCACACUCCUCCCCAGCCUGAUGGGGGUCAAUGCCACCCGCCAGCCCCCACUAGGAAUGAGGGACUACGCUGGGUGGAGCCUGUGGGCGGUGGGCUUCCUGGUGGAGGUGGUGGCGGACUACCAGAAGACUGUGUUCAGGAGGGACGCGGCCAAUGAGGGCAAGUUCAUCAGCAGCGGUCUGUGGUCUGUGUCGCGUCACCCCAACUAUUUCGGCGAGAUCCUGCUGUGGUUUGGUCUGUAUCUCAGCGCCUCGGCCUCCUUCAGGGGGUGGCAACAUCUAGCAGUGAUCUGCCCCGUGCUGGACUACCUCCUCAUAGCCAAGGUGUCGGGCGUACCCUUCCUGGAGAGGUAUGCUGCCAAAAAGUGGGGUGCCCUGCCUCAAUAUAGGGAGUAUGUGGCAUCUACCCCCCUGCUGGUGCCCUUCAUGGGGUGAUGGGAUGAUGGGGGGGGUGCUGAUGGGGUGAUGGGGUGAUUUUUUUUUUCUU